AUGAGCCGUUUCCUCCUCGCGCUCGGCCUACUGCUGCUGGCCUGCGCAGCAGGGGGCCGCGCGCAGGAUGCGCAGCCUGCGCCGGUGCAGAAGGACUGCGAUGCGACUGCGAAGCCCGGCCCCGUCACCGCCAUCAAGACGCUUGUGGUCAAUGGCACCACCGCUGACCUGCUCUGGCUGCCGCCCAGCUCGGGCGGCUGCUUCGACACCUUCAUAGUCAGCGGCGCCAACGCAGCCACGGGCAAGGCCCUGGAGCGCCGCAAAGUCAACGACGCGAUGAGCACGCGGUACGACGGCCUCACCCCCGGCGCCACCUACCAAUUUAACGUCUUCGCGACUGGCCAGGCCGGCGACGGCCCCUCAGAGAGCACCAAGGCGGCGACCCCGCCCGCCUACCUGGCGGGCGUCGCGCCGGACGCGCCCGAGGCGUUCGCCGGGGCGGCGCUCGGGGAGUCGUCGGUCAAGCUGUCGUGGGAGCGGCCGGCGGGCAACCCCCAGGUGGAUUACUACGAGGUCAUGGCGGUGCCGGUCAACGCCACAGGGUACCCCAUCAAGGGCGGCAAGAACGCGACGUCCAAGGUCGACGGCAAGGCGUUCGAGACGACCGUCAAGGGCCUGAGCCCCGGCGAGUCUUACGUUUUUGAGAUCAAGGCGUACAACGCCGAGGGCUCCAGCCCCGACCCCUCGGUUACCUUCCACCGCACGCCGCGCGUGGGGGAGAAGCCGCCCGGCGCGCCGACGGGCGUGGCGGCGCGGCAGGCCGCGAAGGACGCGGUCGUGAUCCAGUGGAAGGCGCCGGCGGGGACAUCUCCGGACUUUUACCAGAUUGGGCUCACUGAGGUUGAUGCCAAGGGCAAGGCGCUCAGCGCGACCAACGUGAUCCCCUACAAGAACACCACUGCCAUCAUCCGCGACCUCACCCCUGGGUCUACCUACACUAUUGAGGUCGAGUCCUACUCUACGGCCUUCGACGCGGGCAAGUCUGCCCCCAAGAUCACGUAUACGCUGCCAGCGACUUGGAAGCCGCCGACCCAGGCGCCGGCCGCGCCGACCAACCUCAAGGCCCAGUUCUAUGGCAGCGAGGUCCAGACCGCCUGGCAGCCGGUCAAGGGUGCGUCUCACUACGUUGUCAGCGCCUACGACGCGUACAGCGGCCGCAGCCUGGGCAUCAACUACCAGACGAAUCAGAACGGCAUCAACAUCGCCGGGCUGCCGCUGGGCCAACCCAUCCAGCUGGUUGUGCAGGCCGUGGCGGUCGACAAGGCGGGCCAGGUCUACUACUCAGAGCCGGCCACCAUCGACGUUGAGGCCGCGGUGCCCACGUCGGGAUACUACGACGCCACGUACUCGCCCUACUACGGCUACAACCCCUACCUCCCCUACUGGUACAGCUACUACUACCCUAUUGGCUACUACAACACAUGGUACCCUGGGAAGUGGAUCAUCCACGGCAUCGUUGAUGUCCUCACGCCCUUCAACAACUUCUGGGGCCCCGGCUGGUGGUGGCACCGGCCCAUCAUCAACCAUUUCAAUCCCCUCAGCCCCCUCAAUCCCUUCAGCUUUGUGCGCCCGAAGUGGGGCUGGGGCUGGGGCUACGGCGGAACUGGCUGGCGCCGGACUCUGGGCGGCAGCAUCGCCGGCGGCGUCGCGGGCGGCAUUGCGGGUGGCAUCGCGGGCGGCAUCGCCGGCGGCCGCCUGCCCGGCCAGCGCCCGCGCCCUUCCGUGCAGCCGGCUCCCAUCCCCGGGCUGAUCAGGUGA